AUGGAUCUCGAGCAGCCCACAGAGCAACCAGAGCGCUCCAACACAUGCCAUCAAGUCCUCGCAGUCCAUGAACUCUUUCAAGAGAUCCUACUUCACGUCUCCUCGCACGAUCUAGCCAUCGUCGCCCAAGUCUCCCAACAAUGGCAACAAUCCUACCGCCCCAAGGGGCCCUACGUCAAGGUCAUCGACGCCGAGGUCAACGACAGCCGCAUGUUCCUUCUGACUCUGCGACAUGGAGAGGAAGAAGAGCACCGCGUGGAGUAUAUCGAUCUUAUGUGCGACGAGAAUGGGCCGUGGUGUCUUCUGGCGCCUGAGGCUUCUGGAUUUCUGGCGCAUGUCCCUGUGUCGAAGGCCGAUCCCUGGCAGACAAGGCAGACUACCAUAGCAGAGCAAGCAGAGGAGGAAUUGAACACGUUCCAUCUCAAGCUCUUUAGCAGGACGGGACAGGAGCCCUAUCUCCACAUUUCAUUCAAUGUCGAGCUGAAGGGAGAAUGGGUGGUUGAGGCGUGA